CUGAGCGGUACUUUCAAAACUCUGUGCCGUUGCGUCGGACGUCUUAUCAAGAAGUCAGUAGCUCCCCGUUAGCUUGUAUGUAUGCUAUCUUGAAGCUGGGCGUUUUGGGCUGUGUUAUCAUCCUACUCCCAAAAUAAAAUUAAUUCAAGAAUAAUGGACCAAGAACAUCCCAUCACCGUCAAGAGCAGAAAAGAACUGCGCAAGGAGAAGCUUGCGGUUUACUUGGCAAAUAAAGGGAAGCGCAACUCCAAGCCAAACAUUGUUUGUCUGGGGAAACCGCCUGAAAGUACACAACCGUCUGCGUCACAGCUCCGUAGGGGCAAAGAAAAUAAAGCUCCAGUCACUACUUUUCGCUAUGAACCCAAAAAAGUCCAACAUUUGGCCUCUCUCAACAACCAAAAGCCAAGUAGAAAGACGUUUGUUAUUGCAAACAAUAAGCAUGCACAGACUGAACAGCAGCCAGAACAGUCAACACUCUGCAAAAAGUCAUUCACAGGAACGUACUCUGUUAACACUUUGAAGGCAACCACUCUUCCCAAAAAGCCUACAAAUGUCAAGAUACAGCUCACGGCAAAACCAUCUUCGACCUUUUCAACGGCAAAGAAUUCUCACGGCACUUUUAGGGCACCGUCAAAUCCUGCCACUUCUCAUCCGGGAAAGACUUAUCCAGCCCGACUGAGUCUUGGGCUCAUGGUCAAGACUAGGACGGGGCUCAUCCCCGCUGUGAUCCAACCUAGAGUCCCCAGGCCUCUCCCAGCUGUGGACGCCAGAAUGGUUUCAUCAAGAUUAACCGUCGCGUCUUCCAAGGCUCUUGUGGAGAAAAUUCCACUUCACCAGAGGCCCUCUCUCCCACGAGAGCUCAAAUCCGUUCCCGGUAAACAGCUGUCUUCCAAAAGCGGACUCAAAUCAACUGUGACCACCUCAACUUCUGCGAGGCUAUCCAACAAUGUAGCCAAUCUACAGCCGAAGCCCACCUCUAAACCUAAAGGCCAGCCGAUUAUACAAAACUCUGCAAUAGGUGGACACACGUCUAAAAAUGCGGGAAUUCUGAGCAGAAAACCCGUAGCGGCCAAACCUAAGAUGACCAACGCUACUCAGAUGAGAACGAGUGCACCUGUGGCGACGCAGAGGGCACCCCGGACCUGUCCGGUUACUGUCGUCAGCCAACCCAGGUUACUGACCAAAGCGACAAAGCCUCAAACAGGGCAGAAGAGGAUGGCUGCUGAACAAGAGGAGAGAAUGAAAAAACUGCAGGAAUGGCGGGAAGCCAAGGGGAUUUCUUACAAGCGUCCUCCCAUGCAGAUGAAACCUCUGGUGAGACGCACCGCCAAUGCGCCCUUACCCAUCUGGACAAACCUGAAGGUGGAGGAUGACGCUCGUGCGUUCAUUCGUGACACAGAGAGGUCAUUGGAUGGCUGUAUAAAGCUGCUCUCUGAGGGUUGUCCAGCAGCGCAGGUGAGAGGCGUCCUCUCACGGCUGCCGCCAGUUUCCCAGAAGUUUGCUAAAUUCUGGAUCUGUAAGGCCCGCCUAAUGGAGCAAGCGGGUGACUUAGACAUCCUGCCUAUGUUUGAGGAGGCUGUGCGUGUUGUGCUGGAGCCCGUGGAAGAACUGCGCACGGUGGUUUUUGACAUCUUAAAGAAGAAAGAGGAGAAUGAAGCCCGUGAGGGAGGCGAGACUGAAGCGGACUGCACUCUAAGCAAAGAUGAAGAACCAGAGAAUUGCAAGGUCAAGGACGCACUAGUGACUCCGCCAGUCCGUGCCAUCAUCUCUGGGGAGACGGGACCCUCAUCCAAUGUCAAGUACAAGAUCACAGCCACCCCCGGAGCCCCGUCAAGCCGGCAACAGAAGCCGAUAUGUGUGGAUGGACAUGAGCUGCGUUUCUUCACGCCCGUGCGACGCUCGGUUCGCAUUGAGAGUGCGUCGCGACGCUAUCCUUCCUCUUUGCGGGAGCACGACCAAUGUGUGGCAUCCUUCGCUGAGUUGCUAGACACUGAGGAGGAAGAGGAGGCAAAGGCCAGAGGUGACACCAUGUACGUCUACAGAGAGAACGAGGCACUCAAAGACAGAGUGGUUGUCCAGCUGGUGAGAGAGCAGGGCACACAGUCCUGAUUGGGUGUAGAUGAGCCACUGCAUUAGAUCUUGUGAUGCCACCAUUGGAGGAUAUCAGCCAAGGGAAUGAGGAAACAUGAUAAACAUAGCACAGAAAUUGAACUUCCUUUCAUGUAGAUAAAAGCCCCGACUGCUCUGUAUCAAUAUAAACAGUACGCUGUUAGGUGGGGGGGGAGUAAGCCAGGCGCGUGCUAUAUAAUGAGCAAGACAACAAACGACCCAAGAAGUUUACUGACAAGUGUUACUUCAUUUCAGCCAUUCUGCGAAACAUCUGAGUUCCUUCCUGUUCUUCCUGAUGUGAGUAGUUUUACUCCACCCCCCCACCGCCCAUUAGUUUUCUGAUUUAAAUUUUGUUUUCCAGAAAUGUGUUUGUUGUAUGUUGCAUUGUACUGUUUUUAAAUUUAUUAUGGUGACAGAGUCUGCAAGAUAUUUCUGUUUGUUAUUGCAGUUCACACUGUUUUCAGUCAUUUUUUUCUCCAAAGUUGAAUGUUAUGAGACAUUGUCUACAGUGUUCCCUUGUUUAACGUAGGGUGUUACGUUCUCAAAAAAAUCCGUUUUAAGUGAAAUCAGUGUACAUUUUUUUUCAUUUUGUUUCUUCAUUCACUCUAUUUUUUCAUUCAGUUUUUUUUUUUUCAUUUUACAGGAUAUUUUUUCAUUUGUGUUAAGGCUGUCAAACCCCUAACAACACAUUUGAUAAACUUUUCUCUGACUGGCAUAAACAUUUUGUCACAUCUCAUUUAUUCCCACUCAGAUCUCAAAACUUAGAUGUUAAAAAAGUUCACUAUUCUAGAAUGAAACCAAAGAUCAAAACCUGUUUCAGAUAAAAACAUUUAUUUGAAAAAUAUAUAAAUAUCAUCCAUUUCAUUCUGCCUUAUCCAGGGCCGGGUAUAAAUGUUUUCUGAAAAAAUGAAAAUUAUAAUAGCUUGUAUAACAAUAACAAAUUUAAGUUUAAUGAGCAGUCUAUGAGGUUUGACCUAUAAGAAAUCAUUAUUAUAAUAGCGACUCGCGUAUUUUAUAGUUUCUCUGGCCGUGCCUCCUUGUCCCAGCAUGGCUCUGCUGUAGUUUUUUUUUUUCCCAAUGCAGCCCUUGGUGCAGGUGUCUUUUUGCAAAUUAAGAUGUUGUUGGCGCUCCCCUCCCCUCUCCUGGACGUGAAUAUUCUUAUAAACAGACGUGCCACCUAUGAUUAUAUUUGAGCACUAUAAUGAAUGAAUCCAAUGGUUAACAUCUUCCUUUGCCUUUUAUUUGCAACUGCAGGCCCCUUUGUCGGUGCAGGGCGUUUCGUUGACAUUUAUAGAUAUUCAAGGAUUAAACUUGUAAACAUACAGCACUGAGGAGCCACACUGUUAGCAUUGAACAAUUACGUAAAUUCUGCAUUCUGUACUGUACAGUACAGUCCAGGGCACUUGGCAUGGAGGACCUUGAUGGACAAUAGUCUCCAGUCCCUUAGCUUAUCGGGUUGCAGACCAAAAUGUGAGUUUUCCCUAAGCGAAUCAAGAUGCCGGACACAAUGCGUGUUCAUAUGCUGUUUAAAAAAAAAAAAAAGAAAAAAAGUUCACACACAAAAAUCUGCUAGCCAUGUAAAGUGAACUGCAUUGUAAGUAGUGGACAUAAUUUUUUUUAAUAUGAAAAACGUAUGAUAUGUUGUGAUGAUUUUAAAAAUAAAAAUAAACCAUUUAAAUACAUUUUGAAUUAUACAAUAAAAAGUGUUCAAGCUGUUUAAUUCUGCUCUCAGUUGAAGUUUAUCUCGAGCCACCCAUAAAAGAGAAUUACAUGAUUACUUAAAACAAACAAACCUUAAAGCUCCACUGACAUCCCUAUAUACAUUCUAAAAUAGAUAUUGUCAUGAAAAAUAUAUAUAACAUUAUUCACUUCAAUGUCUAUACGAAAAAAUAAAUACUGUCUGAGUGGAGAGCGUGUCAUCCACGCAAGUUGCGGAAGUCUCAUUCGACAUCCAAGUGGUAGCCAUAUUGCCUACAUCUUCUGUUCAUUCCGUCACACCACAACAUUCGCCAUUGAAAACACGUUGUGGCACCUGCUAUUGGACACGGAAGGUCUUUUUGAAGAAGAGAACAGAACAGAAAAUGAAUCAACUGGGCCCCUUGUAAUCUUGCAGGAUAUCUUUAUUAGAAUUGCACGUUCCCCAAGCGCAUCUGAGGACCAUUUUCUUCAUAACAUUAACUUUUCCAAGCGCAUGCUACUGACAACCAGUAUUGCUUGUGGGACAACAUGGCGGCAGGGGCGUGUCAAGCCAGGGGUUAAGACUAUGCGGCUAUCUGAUUGGCUGUUAUUGUACGAGUGAUUGACAGGUCGGAAAGGUCCAUUGAAGCAAAAAGUGUAAUAAACUAAUUCUUUGCUUUCUAUUUAUCUGUUGUUACUGUACAUUUGUAUAAGAUACAAUAUUAUUGACUGCUCUUCCUUUAAAAUAAAACAUUUGAAUGUGAACAGAUGAUUUGAGGUCAAAGCAUUUUGAGGUAGCAAUCAUGUAAUGUAAUCCAGCCCUCAUAAAUGGGAAUCAAAUGCAUGUCAGUAGUAAAAUAAAUACAUAAACAAACAAUAGUGGCGCCACCCCCAUCUGCAAUUGAGUACAUAAUCGUCCCCAGUAGGGAUCGCAACCGGUUACAAAUAACCGGUUAUAACCGGGUUUCAUUUUUUAAAAACCGAAACCGUAAUCGGACUUUCAAAAUCGGUUAAAGUUUCCAAUCAUUUCUUGCGGUUCCGGUACUCCACAUUGCGCUAUUUUUUCAACAUCAUUUCCACUUUUUUCAAGUUUCGCUGUUAGAGUAAAGUUGGACUCAAAAGAACAUUCAGUUAAAUCAAAGAAACAUCAAACAUGGCAUCGAGGAAACGCUCGGUAUACUUUCAUGCCCUUUCUGAAAGUCCGAAAGAAGAAUGUUAACAUUAAAACAUUUUUACCAAAAAAAUAACAAAAAUUUAACUUACACGAGUGUGUUGUUGAAAGCCACAUUAAACAAGCUUGUCUGUCAAUAUUGUAUACAAAACUACCCCAUUACCGGGGAGUAAAUUAACGAUCGAUGGUGUAGCGCCGGAGAAAAGGAGUCGGAGGCGGAGUGUCGGACACAGGAACAAAACCUUGUUUUAUUGGCAGACAUCAAAACACUACUCGCAUAAUGGGGGGUAGUCUGUGAACUCGUCACUCCGAAAGAGCAACAACAAAAACAGUCCGUGCGGAAGCCCGCACCCCAACUCGAGGUCCCGCUGGUGAAUUAUGUAAAAGCCACAAUGGUACCGGUUUUAAAACCGGUUAAUCGUUUUUUUUUGCUGCAGCUGUUCGGUUAAAACCGGUUAUGAAAGUAAGCGUUUUUUUGCGAUCCCUAGUCCCCAGGCACUGUUUGUGUAUACCUGGAAACUGCAUAACUAUUAUUAUUAUUUUUUUGUUCUACACACUAGUUUUGUUCAUUU